AUGUGGGCAACUCUAAAAACAUUUAGUUUGGAUGAUGACAAUUUUCCUACCAUGAUAGAAAACGUCGCUCUUCUAUUAAGAACAAUGAUAGUAAAUAUUUACAAAAACGAUAGCAAAAGUAAGAGUCGUAUAUUCUUCUAUAAUUUUCAUUAUAACAGGAGCAGCAUAAGAGAGACUGUACAAAAAUUUCUAACAUUCGAUGCCGAAUUUGAACCGGGAACUAGGUUUUCAAAUAAUUUACGAAAAUAUCUAAGAGUGGUCAAAAAACGAGCAAUCAGUAUUUGGAUAUUUCUAGUUAUAAAUGGUAUAGUUUACGUCUUGAUACCUUUUAUAAGGCCUGGCCGUCACGUUACUGAGGAAUUGUACAUACUCUAUGGCUUGGAACCUAUGCUGGAGUCGCCCAACUACGAAAUAGUACAUAUCGUGACGACAAUAAGUGUCGGCUUUUGCGUAUACCUAAUGGUAAAUGUAGCCAUUUAUGUCAUAGUAAUCGUCGGUUACAACGAAGCCCAAAUGUUUACCAUAUGCAUUGAAGUGAGAAAUCUCUGGGAUGACAAAAAAAUUGUCAACGAGUACAUACGAAUCCGAUUAAAAGCUAUAAUACAUUAUCACGUAACAAAUAUUCACCUUUUCCGAGAAUUGAAUAACGAAUUCAGCGAUACUUUGGCCAUUGAGUACAGUAUAAUGUCUAUAGCUAUAAUCGCGGAGCUGCUUGGAGGAUUGGAAAAUACAUACCUGCAAGUGCCAUAUACCGUUGUUCAAAUAUUUAUGGACUGCCUUUCUGGACAAAGGUUAAUUGACGCAUGCCGUGAAUUUGAAAAUGCCUUAUACAGUUGCGAAUGGGAAAAUUUUAAUGCGGACAAUCAGAAAACAAUAUCAUUGAUGCUCUUAAUUUCUCAAAAUACCCUUAUGUUAUCAGCUGGUGGUAUGGCGAAUUUGAAUUUCGAAUGCUUAAUGAUGAUAUUGAAGUCUGCAUAUUCAGCGUACACGGCUCUGAAAUCUAGUAUUAAUAAAUGA